UGCAUUGCGUCCAUACCAGGAGAACGACCACCUAACAAUCUCGUUAUGACUCUAGUUAUAGCUAUAAGAUUCUAUUGACUCUAUCAAUGAAUAUGUUAAUAUAUUCUUAUACAAUGUUCUUGUUUUAUUAUUUACAUAUUUAAUCAAUAAUUUUGGUUGUUUUAGUUUAGUAAGUUAUUAAAGUUAGACUAAAUUUACAAAAUAUUGAAUUUAGACAAAUAAGCUAUGUCUAAAAGAAAAUUAAACCAAAUGUUAUUUUAAAUUAAUAUAAACAAAACAAUAAAAAGUUUUAUAGCUAUAUCUAUAAUCAAGGCUAAGGUUCUCCCUGCUGAUCCUAUUUUGCAAGUUUAUUCAAUACCGUUUUUGUUCACGCUAAUUCGAACUUUAAUAAUAAACAGGGACAUCGCUGUUUGCUGUGGCUGCACACGAAUUCGGUCAUUCUUUGGGUCUCAGCCACAGUUCUGUAAAAGGAGCACUCAUGUUCCCUUGGUAUCAAGGCAUUCAACCGAAUUUCGUAUUACCAGAAGACGACCGCAAUGGUAUUCAACAGAUGUAUGGUCCUAAGGUUAAAAGGACAUGGGCAAAGAUUCCUAACUAUGGACCAGUAAAAACUCCUCCUACAACUACAACUACGACGACAACUACAACAACAAAAAGACCGACCUACCAUCACAAUAGACACCAUCCAAACCACAGACCCGAAUACACACCUUAUCCUCGUAACCCUGGAAAAUAUUAUCCUGAAAAACCGAAUUAUCCAGAGAGGCCUACGUAUCCAGACAGACCAAAUUACCCAGAGAGACCGAAUUACCCUACAUAUUACCCGGAACGUCGUCAUCAUGACACCAGUGAUGAAUAUCCGAAACGGCCACAUCAUUAUCCCCGGCCUACUCCUGAAACCACCACUAAAACGGUCACAUAUCGUCCGCAUUACCCUACAGUACGACCGGAGUAUCCAAGUAAUCCUAGACCGAAAUCUCCAUACCGAAACGUUCCUAAGCCCAAACCACACUAUCCUGACAAAACUACCAUUCGACCCACGCCUCCAUCCGAUAAACCCGAUACUUGCGACACGAGUUAUGAUGCUGUUGCUCUCAUACGAGGAGAGCUCUUUAUUUUCAAAAAUAGAUACCAUUGGAGGAUAGGAGCCCAAGGUAGAUAUCCUCAAUAUCCAAUAGAAAUUUCUAGAAUGUGGCCAGGACUCCCUUCAGAUUUAACUCACGUUGAUGCAGUUUAUGAAAGACCUGAUAAAAAGAUAGCUUUCUUUGUUGGUCGGGAAUUAUACCUCUUUGACUCGCAAUUUUUAGUGCCAGGAUAUCCUAGACCUAUUACACAUUUAGGUUUACCAGAUAGUUUAGACAAGAUAGAUGCUGCCAUGGUUUGGGGUCACAAUGAUAAGACCUAUUUCUACAGUGGCACUAUGUAUUGGAAGUAAGUAUAGCACAAACCUUACAAGUAGGAGAAAAAAAAACACAAAAGAUUUUAAUGUAAACUUAUUUUAACAACAAUUAAUUUUCAGAUACGAUGAGGAUGAAGGUCGAGUAGAAUUAGAUUACCCUCGUGACAUGUCAAUGUGGAAAGGUGUGGGCUACAACAUCGAUAGCGUAUUCCAAUGGAAGGAUGGUAAAACCUACUUCUUUAAAGGAAAGGGCUUUUGGAAAUUCAAUGAUCUACAAAUGCGCGUAGAGCAUGAGCGACAGUUGCCUUCUGCGGCUUUCUGGAUGGGUUGCCCUCCAGAGCGGGCUGGUCGGCGCGCGCCCUUCCGUGCUCUUCCCGCGCCUGGCUCCACUCUUCGUUCUCCUAGCUCUGCGCAUUCCCUCUUAUCAAACCACUUAGUAACCUUAAUUUCAGUCAUUCUAAUAUUCAUAAGCUAUGUUAGAUCUACAUAAUAGAAUAUUGUUUGUAGAAAACAAAUUGACUGCAUAAUUAUAAAGAAUAUGUGCCACGUUGUAGGGUAUUUAUCGAAACACAGAAGAAUAAUAUUCUGCGUAUCGAAUAGUAAUAAAAAUAACCAUAACGCGUAAUGUGUUUGACUCAACAAGUACAUAUCGGAACACGUCUGAGAGGAUUUUUAAGCUUAGAAUAAAAUCAUUGCGCAAAGUAUGCACUGCCUGUUUUAGUAUUAAUUCCUACGAUAUAUUAAACUAUUAUAAUUCACUUUUAGUAAAGUAAUUAUUCUAAUGAUGCAAUUAUUAUAAUUUGUUUGAAAUGUAAUGUGUACAUUUUGAUCUCAAUAUGAUCGAGUGCUUGGUUUGUUAAUGUCAUGUAAGGUAUAUAACACCAGCCAUUUAGCUUCUGUACAGUUUUAGCCUCUUGAUGUCACUAUUUAAUAAAAAUAUACUUACACAUUAUUCCUAUAAAGUAACAAUUUAUGAUAUUUAUUCACUGUGCUACCGCUGUAUUAUUAUUUUAUAUAUUACUCGUCUGAUAAGACAUAAGUGCAUACUAAAGGAUUAUAAAACAUAAUAAAAAUAUUAUAUAAUAAAUUAUACACACAAGAAUGCCUUACUAAAAAAUGAAUAAAAAUCACAAAAUUUCUUUGUAAAGUAAGCACAUGCCUAGAUGUUUUUAGUAUUUAUUAAUGUAUUAUCUUUCACUGUAUGUAUUUAAAAAAACACUACUAUUACUUAUGUAGUUUUAAGACAUCUCAUAUGCUGGUUAAUAGAGGUACACGAUCUGUAAUCUGUAAUAUAUUAAAGUAUUGAAUUAUAAUCUUAUUGUAGGUAGAAUCGUAAACUGCAUUUUAUUGUAUAAGAAAGAACAUAAUAUAGUGUCUCAUGAUGUCAAUGAAAUGAAAGACACAAAAACAUGGAGUUUAUAAUGACGCGAAUUUUUAUCCUUUUAUUAUUUUUUAAAUAGUAAUUAUUAACGUUUUCAAUUGGGAUUUAAAUAAUUACAUAACGACAAUUUAAAAAAACAUAAUUAUUAUUUCCAUUACCCAAUAGUUACACAUAAAAUUGUCGACAAUUAUAUUGUAAUAGCACAAAAUAAUUAAAACAAAUAAAUAUUACAUUUGGCUUUGUUUUAACGUUGUUCCAUAGCCACAUGUAAUCAAAGAAAUAUAAUUAUACUGUUGUAAACUAUAACAAUUACAUGUUUACAAAAUUUAAAACACAAAUUUUUUUCGCCUACUUUGCAUAACAGAAUCGCUAAUAAUAGAUAUCUUAUAACAAAACUAUACCUUAUUUACAUGAGUAAGCGUUUACAUAGGAUAGAUAAAAAACAUAUACCUAAGAAGAUUGCCUUAUUACUGUAUUUGAAUGUAAGCUUCCUACAUAUUCGUUUUAUUAUACACAUAAAUAAGAGGUUUCAUUACACUGCCAUAUACCAGAUUAUAUUUGGAUUAAUAAAAUGGAUAUGUAGAAUGAAUAUGGUGCUUAAUAUAGUUAGUCAUUGUACAGAAUAAAUUGUCUGGGUGUAUUUUUGUAUGUUACUAUUGUGUGUCAAAUAUAAAAAGAUCAAGUUAAAUAUAUUCAUCUAAUCCUAUAAAUAUGUGCUUUCCAAAUAACUAUCGUUAUUUCUUAGCUUGCAAAAAUCCGUGAAUAUAUGAAGGACGUAAAAGAUUUAAAACUAUUGCAGGUGGUGAUCUUAACUUCGGAAAUUUUUAUAAGGGUGUUAAGAAUAUAAACUUUGACCGAGAUUAUCAUAUUUCUAAGUUUUCCGAUCGAUGGAGAAUUUUGUAUUGGUUAUCAUAAUUAACAAACACAUAAUAUAAUUAAAUUAACUAUAAAAAAAUAAAAUCAGCGACUCUGUAAAAACUGUUCAAACAUAACAUUGUAAAUGGAAUAUUUAUGAUAUGUUAUAACAAUGUAAUUACUUGUAAUAAAUAACAUGAAAUGCUUGUGCAAUGAUAUGAACAUUUUAAAAAUAACAUGAAAUUUUUAUAGUAAUUUUUUAACAAUGAAAAUAUGAAAACACAAAUAUAUAAAAGGAUUAUUACGAGAUUUUUUCUAUCCUUGUAUACCACUUUAUUCUGCUAGUUAUGAAGAUAAAUUGGUUUAGACCAUUAGUUAGUUAUUUAUAUAAUUACUUAUAACGAUUCUACUUGCAUUUUGGACAAAAACCAAUGUAAAAACACAAAAUACAAUGUCAGUUCAUGAAUACCAACUUCUAUGGAUUACUUUGUAAUCUCAUCCAAUACACCUCCAAUCAGCAAGGGUGAAUGAAAUUACUAUAUUAAAACACUCCAUAAUAUAAGUUUGACAUUAUUAUCUUAAAAAAUGUGCAAUCUUGAUUAAAAUUUAUUAAAUUAUACAAAUACCUGUCUACCAUUUUGUAAAACUGUAUUAUUGAAAAACUUUUUAUUGAUCCCGAAUUUAUAAGCGAGAUGACUUGUUUUGUAGUUAUUUUUUACGUAAUUUUUUUCAAUAAUUAUAAUUAUUAAAAACCUAUGAAUCAACUCGCUCAUUAUAUGUUUAGUAAAAUUAAGAAUACACUACUUAGCUUUUUUACAAAUUCUUUUGUCACAAAUAAUUUAAUAAUAACUGUGAUAUUUACUUUUAUAAAAUUGCCAUAUCUCAUGGCAAUAAAAAAUAUAAUAAAAAAAUUGUAAUAUUCUAAAAUAAUUACUCAAUUUGUAGUUUCAAAUAAACAAUUAAUUUAAGACGUAAUAUAAUGUUUUUCAUAAGAAAAAAAAUAAAGAUUUCUUUUUAUAAACGCCAUAGUUUGUUAUCAUUCUUAACCUUACCCACACGUUCUACUACCAACUUAUUAAGAAAACAUUUUUUCACUUCAUAGAAAUCAAUAGUUUAAAAGAAAACUGUAAAUUUCUCUAGUUGACAUUCAAUGAGAAAGUAUUUAAAAAACAUUAACUCCCAAAAUCAAACUAGAUGUCGCUACGAUACUUUCUUGAUUUCUCCAUGACAACCCUUUCAGAUUUCUUUCUUAUUAAGUUUUUAAAAUUAAUUUAUUAUAAAAAAAAAAUUAAUUUUAAAAACUCAAUAAGCAACUCAUAUUAUAUUUGUACUUUUGGAACUUUGCAAAUUCCAGUUUUUGAAUAUGUCAGUUAAAAUGAAUGGAAAUGACUAUCUUUAGUCCAUUCGUUUCCUGCAAAAAUCAACUUUUGGUAGAGUCGCUAUCUAGUGAGGUGCUAUUUUAGUGCUUUCUUUUUUUUCUAAAUAUACUUCCUCAUUGGGGAAUUAAAUAGGACCUAGGCAUGUCGUUAUACUAUGACUUAUGAAAGUUCAAUUUCAUUUCAAUUACUUCACAUCGAACUCAGAAAGCAAAAUAGAUGUUUUUAAUUUGUAAUACAGCUACAGCAUCUUCUUACAAAUCGUAGAACUGACACGAACAAACCAGUAAUUUGUUAAUCAUUGUUAAUCCAAUAUUCUUAUCCGAAAAUGUUUUUUUACGUUACCGCAGAAACAUAUACACAAACUAUAUGCAACUAUAAAUAUAACACAACAUCAUUUAUAUUCCUUUAAAGUGGUUAGAUGAUUC